CUGAGAGCAAGGAAGCUGAGGGAGAGAGAGAGAGAAAGAGAGAGAGAGAGAGAGAGAGAGACAGGAGCAGCGCUGAAUCUUCUGUCACUCUCUCUCACUCCAUCGUGAGAGCUACAGGACUCAUACUGUCCUCCAGCACACCCACACACACACACUGAGAAAGAGAGAGAGAAUACACUGAAACACACUGAAGAGAAAACGGAAGGAUUUUCUGAUUUCUCCUGAGGAGCUGCAAAUAACCCUCGGAGAAGGAUGGCAGAGGGAGAGGGGGGAGAUGAAGAGAUACAGUUCCUACGGACGGAAGACCAAGUUGUGCUCCAGUGCACCGCGACUGUUCUGAAGGAGCAGAUCAAACUAUGCCUUUCCUGUGAAGGCUUUGGGAACCGUCUGUGCUUUCUAGAGACAACGUCAAAUGCCCAGAAUGUGCCGCCUGAUCUGGCAAUCUGUGCCUUUGUACUGGAGCAGUCGCUGUCAGUACGAGCCCUGCAGGAGAUGCUGGCCAACACUGUGGAGAUGAACGAGGCAGUUGAUUUGGAUAAAUGGUCAUUUCAGGGAGGGGGACACCGAACACUGCUCUAUGGCCAUGCCAUCCUCCUGAGACACUACCACUCUGGCAUGUAUCUCAGCUGCUUGACGACAUCACGUUCACUCACAGACAAGCUGGCCUUUGAUGUGGGCCUGCAAGAGGAUUCUACAGGGGAAGCAUGUUGGUGGACCAUCCAUCCUGCAUCCAAGCAGAGGUCAGAGGGUGAGAAGGUCAGGGUAGGAGACGACCUGAUCCUGGUUAGCGUGUCAUCAGAGAGAUACCUACAUCUGUCAUACGCCAGCGGGGACCUGAUGGUAGAUGCCUCCUUUAUGCAGACCUUAUGGAACAUGAAUCCAGUCUGCUCAGGCUGUGAGCUGGCAGAGGGGUACUUAACUGGAGGUCAUGUCUUAAGAUUGUUUCAUGGUCACAUGGAUGAGUGUCUGGCCAUCUCAACACCUGAUCAGGGAGAGGAGCAGCGCAAGAUUGCACAAUAUGAAGGAGGGGCGGUAUGUAGUCAGGCCCGUUCAUUGUGGAGACUUGAGCCUCUGAGAAUUGGUUGGAGCGGUAGCCACAUGAAGUGGGGCCAGGCUUUCCGCGUACGCCACAUCACAACGGGUCGGUACCUGUGUCUGGAUGAGGAGAAAGGUCUGAUGGUUCUGGAUCCAGAGAAAGCCAACACUAAAUUGUCUGCCUUCUGUUACCGUGCAUCAAAGGAGAAAGUGGAGGGGGCUCAGAAGAAGCGGGACGUGGAAGGAAUGGGUGUUCCUGAGAUCAAGUAUGGCGAGUCCAUGUGUUUUAUGCAGCAUCUUUCCACAGGGUUGUGGCUCACAUACGCUGCUUUAGAUGCUAAAGCGGCUCGCCUGGGAACCAUGAAGAGAAGGGCCAUAUUACAUCAAGAGGGCCACAUGGAUGAUGCACUGACUUGCUCUCGCUCUCAGAUGGAAGAGUCUCAGGCUGCUCGUAUGAUCUACAGCACCACAGGCCUUUUUACACAGUUUAUCAAAUGUCUGGACUCUUUGAGUGGGAAGAACAAAUCCCCCGGUCUGGUGUCCCUGCCAUUGGACGGAGUGAUCCUGUCCUUGCAGGAUCUGAUCCAUUACUUCCGGCCUCCAGAGGAGGAGCUGGAACACGAGGAGAAACAGACCAAGCUGCGCUCUCUACGCAACCGACAGAACCUCUUCCAAGAAGAGGGGAUGAUCACCAUCGUGCUGGAGUGUAUCGACCGCCUGAAUGUCUACAACACUGCUGCACACUUCUCUGAGUUUGCCGGAGAGGAAGCUGCUGAAUCCUGGAAAGAGAUUGUCAACCUGCUCUAUGAACUGCUUGCGUCGCUGAUUAGAGGAAACCGUUCUAACUGUGCUCUGUUUUGCGAUAACCUUGACUGGCUGGUUAGUAAACUGGAUCGUCUGGAAGCUUCUUCAGGCAUCCUAGAGGUGCUGUAUUGUGUUUUGAUUGAAAGUCCUGAAGUCUUGAACAUCAUUCAGGAGAAUCACAUCAAGUCUAUCAUUUCUCUCUUGGACAAGCACGGUCGAAACCAUAAGGUUUUAGAUGUAUUGCGCUCUCUGUGUGUGUGUAACGGUGUCGCUGUGAGGUCCAAUCAAAACCUCAUCACAGAAAAUCUGCUUCCGGGCCGUGACCUCCUGCUGCAGACUAACAUCGUUAACUAUGUAUCAAGCGUGAGGCCCAAUAUCUUCUUGGGGACUUGUGAAGGCUCUACACAGUAUAAGAAGUGGUACUAUGAGGUGAUGGUAGACUAUGUGGAACCAUUUGUGGCAGCUCAGGCUACCCAUCUGCGUGUUGGCUGGGCUCUGACUGAGGGCUUCAGUCCAUACCCAGGAGGAGGAGAGGGUUGGGGUGGCAAUGGUGUGGGUGAUGACCUAUAUUCUUAUGGUUUUGAUGGCCUUCAUUUGUGGUCAGGUCAUGUGUCACGUCAGGUUGCUUCGCCCAACCAGCACAUCCUGGCGGCAGAUGAUGUUGUGAGCUGCUGUCUGGAUCUGAGUGUGCCCAGUAUCUCCUUCCGUAUCAAUGGCCAUCCAGUCCAGGGAAUGUUUGAGAACUUUAACGUAGACGGCCUCUUCUUUCCCGUCAUUAGCUUCUCUGCUGGAGUGAAAGCUCGGUUCCUUUUGGGUGGUCGCCAUGGGGAUUUUAAGUUUUUGCCCCCUCCUGGUUACACACCAUGUUAUGAAGCUCUUCUCCCCAAAGACAGAAUGCGCAUCGAGCACAUUAAGGAGUAUAAACAUGACUUUAAUGGAGUCAGAAACCUGCUGGGCCCCACACAGUCCCUUACACACACUUCAUUCACUCCCUGUCCUGUUGACACUGCCCAGAUUGUUCUACCUCCUCAUUUGGAGCGGAUCAGAGAGAAGCUUGCAGAAAACAUCCAUGAGCUCUGGGCUGUGACUCGUAUUGAGCAGGGUUGGACCUACGGAGUGUUCAGGGAUGAUAAUAAGAAGUUGCACCCGUGUCUGGUGGACUUUCAGAAUCUUCCAGAACCCGAGAGGAAUUAUAACCUCCAGAUGUCUGGAGAGACCUUGAAAACCCUCUUAGCUUUGGGCUGCCAUGUAGGCAUGGGAGAUGAGAAAGCUGAGGAGAAUCUGAAGAAGAUCAAAUUGCCCAAAACUUAUGUGAUGAGCAGUGGGUACAAACCAGCUCCACUAGACCUCAGUCACGUCAAACUGACACCCAAUCAGAACCAGUUGGUGGAGAAGUUGGCAGAAAAUGGGCAUAAUGUUUGGGCACGGGACAGAGUGAGACAAGGAUGGACCUACAGCAUUUUGCAGGACAUUUUGAAUAAGCGCAACCCUCGUCUGGUACCUUACAACCUGCUGGAUGAGAGAACCAAGAAGACCAACAGAGACAGUGUGAACAACGCUGUGCGCACUCUGAUUGGCUAUGGAUACAACAUCGAGCCCCCAGAUCAGGAGAGCAGUGGUCUUGGUGUUGAGAACACACGUGGAGAUAAAGUGCGUAUCUUCAGGGCAGAGAAGCAGUAUGCUGUUACCUCAGGAAAAUGGUACUUUGAGUUUGAGGCCGUAACCACAGGAGAGAUGAGAGUUGGCUGGGCUCGACCGAACGUCCGCUCUGACGUUGAGCUUGGUUCUGAUGAGCUGGCCUAUGUCUUUAAUGGAAACAGGGCUCAGCGAUGGCACAUUGGUAAUGAGCCAUUUGGCCGUCAAUGGCAGUCUGGUGAUGUGGUCGGGUGCAUGAUAGACCUCACUGAAAUGAACAUCAUGUUCACUCUUAAUGGAGAGAUGCUGAUCAGUGAUUCUGGCUCUGAAAUGGCAUUCAAAGACAUUGAGAUUGGAGACGGUUUUAUUCCAGUCUGCACUUUGGGUCUUUCUCAGGUUGCCCGUAUUAACCUGGGUCAGAAUGUUAGCAGCCUACGCUACUUCGCCAUCUGUGGGCUCCAAGAAGGCUUUGAGCCAUUCGCCAUCAACAUGAAGAGAGACAUCACAAUGUGGUUCAGUAAGAGCCUCCCCCAGUAUGUUCCGGUGCCCACGGACCACAACCACAUUGAGGUCUCUCGUGUGGAUGGAACCGUAGACAGCGCCCCCUGUAUUAAAAUAACCCACAAGACUUUUGGAUCCCAAAAUGCCAACACAGACAUGCUGUUCUUCAGACUGAGCAUACCUGUAGAGUUCCACCUGACCUUCAUGGUGCCUGCAGGCACUACUCCCCUCACACGAACCCUCACCAUCCCUGAAGAAGAGGUGCUGGAGGUGGACCCCGACUCUGACUUUGAGGUGCUGAAGAAGUCAGCCAGUCGCAAAGAGCAGGAGGAGAAGGAAAAGGAGCCAUCCAUGCCCAAAGAUAUCCCAAGCAAUAAAGAAAAUGACAAAGACACUGCAUCCGAGAAAGGAAAGAAGAAAGGCUUCCUGUUUAAAGCUAAAAAGGCAGCCAUGAUCGCUCCUCCUCCACCUCCACCUAUUAUGCCCCGUUUGUUUGAGGAUGUGGUGCCUGACGAUCGUGACGACCCAGAGAUCAUCCUCAAUACGACCACAUACUAUUACUCAGUCCGUAUCUUCGCCGGUCAAGAACCUAGCGGGGUAUGGGUGGGUUGGGUCACCCCAGACUUCCACAUGUAUGACCUCAACUAUGACCUGUCUAAGGUCCGCACUGUCACUGUCACUGUUGGAGACGACAAGGGCAAUAUACAUGACAGUAUAAAGAGGAGUAACUGCUAUAUGGUGUGGGGAGGAGAGUUUGGCAGCAGCACCCAGCAGAGGUUUAGCCAGGAAGAUCUGGUGAUUGGUUGUUUGGUUGACCUGGCAACAGGUCUCAUGAAUUUCACAGCCAAUGGGAAAGAGAUCAACACUUUCUACCAGGUGGAGCCCAACACUAAGUUGUUUCCAGCUGUGUUUGUUUUGCCGACCAGCCAGAACAUGCUGCAGCUGGAACUCGGAAAACUCAAGAAUAUCAUGCCUCUUUCGGCAGCCAUGUUCCGUAGUGAGCGCAAGAACCCAGUGCCCCAGUGUCCUCCUCGGCUGGAUGUUGAGAUGCUGACCCCUGUGAUCUGGAGCCGGAUGCCUAACCACUUCCUGAAUCCAAAAGUGGGGCGGGUGAGCGAGAGGCACGGCUGGAUGGUGGAAUGUACAGAGCCUCUCACCAUGAUGGCUCUGCAUAUACCUGAAGAGAACAGGUGUAUCGACAUCCUGGAACUGUCUGAACGGCAUGACUUGCUGAAGUUCCACUAUCACACUCUCAUGCUUUAUUGUGCUGUGUGUGCAUUGGGCAACAACCGUGUGGCCCAUGCCCUCUGCAGCCACGUGGACGAAUCACAGCUCUUCUACGCAAUCGAGAACACCUACCUGCCCGGCCCUCUUCGCAGUGGCUACUACGACCUUCUCAUCAGUAUCCACCUGGAGUCAGCCAAACGCAACCGCUUGGGAACCAAUCGUGAGUUUAUUGUUCCCAUGACAAAAGAGACGCUCAGCAUCACGCUUUUCCCGGAUGCAGAAGCGGCCCAUGACCUGCCAGGAGUAGGUCUCACGACCUGCCUCAGACCCAAGCUACACUUCUCCCCCAUCAACUUUGUGGGUACUGACCCAGAUCUGUACACCAUAAGCCCCAUCAUUCCUCUGCAGGAACUGAAGACCAAGGCUCUAAGCAUGCUUACUGAAGCCGUGUUCGACGGCAGCCAGGCCAUGCGUGAUCCUGUUGGGGGCAGCGUUGAGUUUCACUUCGUUCCUAUUCUCAAACUAAUCAGCACCCUCCUCAUAAUGGGCAUCUUCAACGAUGAAGACGUCAAGCACAUUCUCAAGAUGAUCGAUCCCAAUGUGUUCGGAAAGAAAGAGGAGACAGGAGAGACAGAGGAACCAGAAGAGGAAGCUGCUCCCAAGGAGGAAGGAGAGGAGGUGAAAGAGAAAGAAGAAGCGGCUGAAGGAGAAGAGGAAGCCGUGGAUGAGGGAGUUGGGGAGGAGGAGGAGGAGGAUGAGGAGCUGAAAGCUCUGAAGAAGGAGAUGGGACAGGAAGGAGAAGAGGUUGAGAAGGCAGUAGAGGAGGAGGAGGGAGAGAAGGUGGAUGGAGAAAAAGCCGGGGAGGAAAAGGAGGCAGAAGAAGUAGGUGAGGAGGCCAAAGAGGAGGAAGAGGAGGCUCCAGAGGAGGGACUACUUCAAAUGAAGCUGCCAGAGUCUGUCAAACUGCAGAUGUGUACCCUUCUACAGUAUUUCUGUGACUGUGAGCUCAGACACAGAGUUGAGGCAAUUUUGGCAUUCUCUGAUAAAUUUGUACAGCAGAUCCAGUCAAACCAGCGUGAACGAUACAAUGACCUAAUGAGAGCAUUUACAAUGUCUGCUGCAGAGACCGCUCGCAGGACCAGAGAGUUUCGCUCUCCUCCUCUGGAACAGGUUUUCCUGUUGACUAACUUCAAGCACAGCCCAGAAGACGAGGAUUGCCCUGUGCCAGAGGAAGUGCGGGAAACCCUCCAGAAUUUCCACAAUGAGCUGCUGAAUCACUGUGGUGUCCACGUAGAAGAAGAAGCAGAGGAGGAAGAGGUAGAGGCGUCUCUGAGAGGGAGACUGCUCAGUUUAGUGGAGAAGAUCAAGACCUUUAGGAAGAAAAAGGAGGAAGAGGAGCCAGAACCAGAGGAAGAGCCCAAACCUAGUACUUUACAGGAACUGAUAUCCCACACAAUGAUCCACUGGGCACAGGAGUCCUUUAUUCAGAACCCUGAGCUGGUGCGGCUCAUGUUCAGUCUUCUUCAUCGGCAGUAUGACGCUCUGGGAGAGUUGAUCCGCGCCCUGCCAAAGGCCUAUGCCAUCAAUGCUGUGUCCAUACAGGACACAAUGGACCUGCUGGAGUGCCUGGGACAGAUCCGUUCCCUUCUCAUCGUCCAGAUGGGCCCGGAAGAGGAGAGGCUUAUGAUUCAGAGCAUUGGGAACAUCAUGAACAACAAGUUGUUCUACCAGCACCCUAACCUGAUGCGAGCUCUGGGCAUGCAUGAGACGGUCAUGGAGGUUAUGGUCAAUGUACUGGGAGGUGGAGGAGACUCUAAGGAAAUACGAUUCCCGCAAAUGGUUACCAGUUGCUGUCGCUUCCUGUGCUACUUCUGCAGGAUCAGCCGUCAGAACCAGCGUUCCAUGUUUGACCACCUCUCAUACCUGCUGCAGAACAGUGGCAUUGGACUCGGAAUGCGUGGAUCUACUCCUUUGGAUGUUGCUGCUGCAUCUUGCAUUGACAACAAUGAGCUGGCACUGGCGCUGCAAGAGCAAGACCUUGAGAUGGUGGUGACGUAUCUGGCUGGAUGCGGCCUUCGAAUGUGCCCCAUGCUUCUGUCUAAAGGCUACCCUGACAUCGGAUGGAAUCCAGGUGGAGGAGAGAGAUAUCUGGACUUCCUACGUUUUGCUGUGUUUGUAAAUGGUGAGAGCGUAGAGGAGAACGCCAACGUGGUUGUUCGUCUGUUGAUUCGUCGGCCUGAGUGCUUCGGCCCCGCUCUGAGAGGAGAGGGUGGUGCAGGUCUGUUAGCUGCCAUCGAAGAGGCCAUUAAGAUCUCUGAGGACCCUGCCAGAGAUGGGCCAACUCCUAAAAAGGACAGACGUUUCAUGUUUGGAGGGGAGGAGCAACAUGAAGAGAACAGAGUACAUCUUGGAAAUGCUGUCAUGUCAUUUUACUCUGCUCUUAUUGACUUGCUGGGUCGCUGUGCUCCUGAGAUGCAUUUGAUCCAAGCAGGUAAAGGUGAAGCUUUGAGAAUCAGAGCUAUCUUGAGGUCUCUCGUACCCAUUGAAGACCUGGUGGGAGUCAUUAGCCUUCCAGUUCAGAUCCCCACCUUUGGCAAAGAUGAUCAGAUUGUUGAGCCAAAAAUGUCAGCGAGUUUCGUGCCAGACCACAAAGCCUCCAUGGUGCUUUUCUUGGACAGAGUGUAUGGCAUUGAUAACCAGGACUUCCUGUUGCAUGUGCUAGAGGUGGGCUUCCUGCCCGAUAUGAGAGCCUCAGCCUCCCUAGAUACGGCGGCAUUCAGCACCACAGAGAUGGCUCUGGCUCUAAACCGUUACCUGUGCUCAGCUGUGCUUCCUCUGCUCACAAAGUGUGCCCCACUGUUCGCUGGAACAGACCACCGUGCCAUCAUGAUCGACUCAAUGCUGCACACCAUCUACAGACUGUCCCGUGGCCGUGCCCUUACCAAGGCCCAGAGGGACGUCAUCGAGGACUGCCUUAUGUCUCUUGUCAAGUAUUUGCGGCCAUCUAUGUUGCAGCAUUUGUUGAGAAGGCUGGUGUUUGAUGUGCCAAUCUUAAACGAGUAUGCCAAGAUGCCCCUCAAGUUGUUGACCAAUCACUAUGAGCGCUGCUGGAAGUAUUAUUGCCUGCCAAAUGGAUGGGCGAACUUUGGAGUCACAUCAGAGGAAGAGCUGCAUCUCUCUCGCAAACUCUUCUGGGGCAUCUUUGAGUCCCUCGCACACAAGAAAUUUGAUGCAGAGCUGUUUAAGAUCGCCAUGCUCUGCAUCUGUGCCAUUGCGGGUGCCAUCCCUCCAGACUAUGUGGAUGCUAGCUAUUCAUCUAUGACUGAGAAGAAAGCAUCUGUCGACGCUGAGGGAAACUUUGACCCCAAACCAGUGGAGACAACAAACACCAUCAUUCCUGAGAGACUCGAUGCCUUCAUUAACAAAUAUGCUGAGCACACGCAUGAUAAAUGGGCCUUUGAGAAGAUCCAAAACAACUGGACAUAUGGUGAGGUUCUAGAUGAGAACAGCAAAACUCACCCCAUGCUGCGGCCGUACAAGACUUUCUCAGAGAAGGAUAAAGAGAUCUAUCGCUGGCCCAUUAAAGAGUCCAUCAAGGCCAUGCUGGCAUGGGAAUGGACUCUGGAGAAAGCCAGAGAUGGAGAAACUGAGAAAACUGAAGUGAAGGCCACCAGGAAGAUCUCCCAGACUGCUCAGGCCACCUAUGAUCCCAGCCAGGGAUACUCUCCCCAGCCAGUGGAACUGACAGGCAUGGCCUUGUCCAGAGAGCUACAGUCCAUGGCAGAGCAGCUUGCUGAGAAUUAUCAUAACACUUGGGGCCGCAAGAAAAAGAUAGAGCUGCAAGCCAAGGGUGGUGGCACCCAUCCUUUGUUGGUACCAUAUGAUACAUUGACGGCCAAAGAGAAGACAAGAGACAGAGAGAAAGCCCAAGACCUGCUCAAAUUCCUUCAGUUAAAUGGAUACGCUGUCACCAGAGGUUUGAAGGACAUGGAACAGGAGAUUUCCUCUAUUGAGAAGCGUUUCGCUUAUGGGUUCCUGCAGAAGCUGUUGAAGUGGAUGGAGAUUGCCCAGGAGUUUAUUGCACAUCUUGAGGCUGUUGUGAGCAGUGGAAGAGUCGAGAAAUCCCCUCACGAACAGGAGAUUAAAUUCUUUGCCAAGAUUCUACUUCCACUGGUAAACCAGUACUUUAAGAAUCACUGCCUGUAUUUCCUGUCCACACCUGCUAAAGUCCUGGGCAGUGGUGGGCAUGCCUCUAACAAAGAGAAGGAGAUGAUUGCUAGUAUCUUCUGUAAGUUGGCCGGUCUGGUGAGACACAGGGUUUCCCUCUUUGGCACUGAUGCCUCAGCAGUGGUCAACUGUCUCCAUAUUCUUUCCCGCUCACUGGAUGCCAGAACUGUGAUGAAAUCUGGGCCUGAGAUUGUGAAGGCUGGUCUGCGCUCUUUCUUUGAGAGUGCUGCCGAUGAUAUUGAGAAGAUGGUUGAGAACCUUAAACUGGGGAAAGUGUCUACCAAAAACCAGGUGAAAGGUGUAUCUCAGAACAUUAGCUACACCACCACUGCUCUUCUGCCAGUGCUCACCUCUCUGUUCGACCACAUCGCCCAGCACCAGUUUGGAGAUGAUGUCAUGUUGGAUGACUUGCAGAUAUCCUGUUACCGUAUCAUGUGCAGUAUCUAUUCCCUGGGCACUGUAAAGACCCCUCAUGCUGAGAACCAAAGACCAGCUCUAGGAGAAUGUCUGGCUCAUCUGGCUGCUGCCAUGCCUGUUGCAUUUCUGGAGCCUCUCCUCAACGAGUUCAACACAUACUCGGUGUACACUACCAAAACCCCACGAGAGAGAACAAUCCUGGGUCUGCCCAGUCAAGUGCAGGAACUGUGUCUGGACAUCCCUGAGCUGGACCUGUUGAUGAAAGAGAUCGGGGAUCUGGCAGAGUCUGGGGCCCGUUACACAGAGAUGCCCCACGUGAUUGAGAUCACCCUGCCCAUGCUGUGCAACUAUCUGCCCCGCUGGUGGGAGAGAGGACCAGAGAACUUCCCAGAGCAGGAAGACCUUCUGUGCACGGAUGUCACCUCGGAACAACUCAAUCAGCUCCUGGGUAGCAUCAUGAAGAUUGUCGUCAAUAAUCUGGGCAUUGAUGAAGCUUCCUGGAUGAAGAGAUUGGCAGUGUUUGCUCAGCCCAUUGUGAGCAGGGCAAAGCCUGAGAUGCUCAAGUCCCACUUCAUCCCCACCAUGGAGAAGCUGAAGAAACGUUGUGGAAAGGUGGUGGCCGAGGAGGAUCAGCUGCGUAUGGAGGGGAAGGCAGAGGUGGACAGUGAGCAGGGAACCAUUCGUGAUGAGUUUGCUGUGCUCUGCAGGGAUCUGUAUGCUCUUUACCCGCUACUCAUCCGAUACGUAGACAACAACAGGGCGAGGUGGUUGACCUGUCCUGACCCUGAUGCUGAGGACCUCUUCAGGAUGGUUGGAGAAGUUUUUAUCUUCUGGUCCAAAUCUCACAAUUUCAAACGCGAGGAGCAGAAUUUUGUGGUGAUGAAUGAGAUCAACAACAUGUCCUUCCUCACUGCUGACAGCAAAAGCAAGAUGAGCAUGGCCGGAGACGGAGAGGGUGGAGGCUCAGAUGUUGAGCGGGCCAAGAAGAAGCGCCGCGGGGACCGUUAUUCCGUUCAGACCUCGCUGAUUGUAGCGGCCCUGAAGAAACUGCUCCCCAUCGGCCUCAACAUGUGCUCCCCUGCAGACCAAGAGCUCAUAAACAUGGCCAAGAUCCGCUACUCUCUGAAAGACACCGAUGAAGAAGUGAGGGAGUUUCUGCAGAAUAACCUGCAUUUACAGGGAAAGGUUGAGGACCCAUCUAUGCGCUGGCAGAUAGCUCUGUAUAAGGAGACCUCAGGUAAAGCUGAAGACGCUGAUGUACCAGAGAAGGUUGUGAAGAGAGUUCAGGAAGUUUCGGCUGUUCUCUACCACAUUGAGUUGACUGAGCAUCCAUUCAAAUCCAAGAAGAUGGUUUGGCACAAGCUUCUGUCCAAACAGCGUCGCAGGGCAGUAGUGGCCUGCUUCAGAAUGACACCGCUGUACAACAUCCCUAGGCACCGGGCAUCUAACAUGUUCCUUAAUGGUUACAAGCGCAAUUGGAUUGAAAAUGAGGGCUACUCUUUUGAAGACAAGAUGAUCGAUGACUUAUCUAAAGCAAUGGAGCAGGAAGAAGAAGAAGAGGAAGAAACCGAAUCAAAACCAGACCCCCUUCAUCAGCUCAUCCUUCACUUUAGCCGCACAGCUCUCACCGAGAAAGCUAAACUUGAAGUGGAUCAUCUAUAUAUGUCAUACGCUGAUAUAAUGGCAAAAAGCUGCCACAUUGGUGAGGAGGACGAAGGGGGAGAGGAGGGGGGCGAGGAGCCAUCCUUUGAGGUGCGACAGACAGAGAUGGAGAAGGAGAUGGAAAAGCAGAGGCUUCUGUACCAGCAGUCCCGUCUACAUGACCGCGGAGCGGCUGAAAUGGUUCUGCAGAUGAUCAGUGCUUGCAAAGGUGAGACUGGAGCCAUGGUGUCCUCUACUCUCAAACUUGGCAUCUCCAUCCUCAAUGGUGGCAACAGUGAUGUUCAGCAGAGGAUGUUGGACUACCUGAAAGACAAGAAAGAUGUGGGCUUCUUCCUCAGCCUACAGGCUCUCAUGCAAACCUGCAGUGUUCUGGAUCUGAAUGCGUUUGAGAGACAGAAUAAGGCCGAGGGUCUUGGGAUGGUGUCAGAAGAGGGCUCAAAUAUCAAGCUAGAACGUGAAGAGAAAGUGAUGGCGGAUGAUGAAUUCACUUGCGACAUUUUCCGCUUCCUGCAGCUGCUCUGUGAAGGCCACAACAACGAUUUCCAGAACUAUCUGCGCACACAGACAGGCAGCACAACUACGAUCAACAUCAUCAUCUGCACGGUUGACUAUCUGCUCAGACUGCAGGAGUCUAUCAGUGACUUCUACUGGUAUUACUCUGGGAAGGAUAUCAUUGAUGAACCAGGCAAGAGAAACUUUUCUAAGGCAAUGACGGUUGCUAAACAGGUUUUCAACAGCCUGACAGAGUAUAUCCAGGGUCCUUGCACUGGUAAUCAGCAGUCUCUGGCUCACAGCAGAUUGUGGGAUGCAGUGGUGGGCUUCUUGCAUGUGUUCGCACACAUGAUGAUGAAGCUAGCACAGGAUCAUUUCUGGAGUAGAACACAUUCUGAGGACUCCAGUCAGAUUGGUCUGUUGAAGGAGCUUCUGGAUUUGCAGAAGGACAUGGUGGUGAUGCUUCUCUCUCUAUUAGAGGGUAACAUUGUGAAUGGCACAAUCGCUCGCCAGAUGGUUGACAUGCUGGUUGAGUCAUCCAGCAACGUAGAGAUGAUUCUCAAGUUCUUUGACAUGUUCCUCAAACUGAAGGACAUUGUGGCAUCGGAUGCCUUCCGUGACUAUGUGACGGACCCUCGUGGCCUUAUCUCCAAGAAAGACUUCUCCAAGGCUAUGGACAGUCAGAAGCAGUACACUCCAUCUGAGAUCCAGUUCCUGCUGUCUUGCUCUGAAGCCGAUGAGAACGAGAUGAUCAAUUUUGAGGAGUUUGCCGAUCGCUUCCAAGAGCCAGCCAAAGACAUCGGCUUCAACAUUGCUGUGCUACUCACCAACCUCUCUGAGCAUGUUCCUCAUGACACUCGCUUGCAGAACUUUUUGGAGCAAGCUGAGAGUGUGCUCAACUACUUCCGACCCUUCCUGGGCCGUAUCGAGAUCAUGGGUGCUGGCAAGAGGAUAGAACGUAUCUACUUUGAAAUCAGCGAGGCCAACCGCAACCAAUGGGAGAUGCCUCAGGUCAGAGAGUCAAAGCGGCAGUUCAUCUUUGAUGUCGUCAAUGAGGGUGGUGAGUCUGAGAAGAUGGAGCUCUUUGUGAACUUCUGCGAGGACACCAUCUUUGAGAUGAACAUUGCCUCGCAGAUCUCAGAGCAGGAAGAGGAGGUGAUUGAAGAUGAGGAUGAAGAAGAUGAGGAGGAGAGCAGUGGUGGCGGAAAUGGAGAGGGUGAAGGAGAAGAAGGGAAUGGAGAAGCAGCACCACCUGAAUCCAGCUCAGCCUUUGCAGACUUCAUCAAGAGCGUAAUGAACUUCAUCAGCCUCUUCACUUUCCGCAAUCUCAGACGCCGUUACCGCAAAAUCAGGAAAAUGACCAUAAAGGACAUGAUUGUUGGUCUGGUCAUGUUCCUCUAUACUGUCCUCUUUGGCAUCCUGCACUUCAUCUACAGCGUCUGCAGAGGUUUCUUCAUGCUCAUCUGGAACACUCUCUUCGGAGGAGGUCUGGUGGAGGGAGCUAAGAAGAUGACGUUGACAGAGAUCCUGACUAACAUGCCCGACCCAACUCAAGAUGAGGUGCACGAUGACCUUCCACCUGAGCCAGGAGCAAGAAACGUACAAGAAUCAGGUGGAGCUGGUGAGGGAGAGGAGGGAACAGGAGGAGAGGAGGAAGCAGAAGAAGGAGAAGAGGAUGAUGGUGGAAGACCUGGUUUUGGUCCUCACGGCGGUUUAGGAGAUAUGGGAGAAACUGAGCCAGAGGAGCCUCCGACUCCAGAAGGCAGCCCACUGCUGAAGAGGAAGCUGGUGACUGAAGAAGGAGAGGGAGAAACAGUAGAAGAGGAGAAAGUAGAGGAAGAAGCAGCCCCUGAACCCGAAAAAGCAGAUGCUGAAAAUGGAGAAAAGGCCGAGAAGGAGGCAGAACCUGAGCCAGAGGAAAAACCAGAUGAAGAGCAAGAGGAGAAAAAAGCAAAGGCUAAAGCAAAGAAAGGCAAGAAGCAAGAAAAAGAGGGCUUUGAACUCUGGAAUGAACUUGAAGUCCAAAGAAACAAGUUCAUGAACUAUCUGUCUCGCAAUUUCUACAACCUGCGCUUCCUGGCUCUCUUCAUCGCCUUUGCACUCAACUUCAUUCUGCUCUUCUACAAGGUAUCUGCCAGCCCACCUGGAGAAGAGGAGGAGUUUGAGGGUUCGGCUAUGUUUGAGGGUUCUGGUGUAUUUGAGGGCUCUGCUGUGUUUGAAGGAUCUGGUGUGUUCGAGGGCUCUGGGAUCUUUGAGGGCUCUGCUGGAGAAGCCGAAGCUUCUGGAAUGGAGGAGAAUGGAGAGGAAGAUGAGGAAGAAGGGUUUGUCUACUUCUUCCUGGAGGAGAGCACUGGAUAUAUGGAACCCGCUAUGGCCUUCUUCUCUAUCUUACACUCCAUAAUUUCCUUCCUCUGUAUCAUCGGCUACAACUGUCUGAAGGUUCCUUUGGUCAUCUUUAAGAGAGAGAAGGAACUGGCCCGUAAACUGGAGUUUGACGGUCUGUACGUAACUGAACAACCAGAAGAUGACGACAUCAAGGGCCAGUGGGACAGACUUGUCCUCAAUACACCGUCUUUCCCGAACAACUACUGGGACAAAUUUGUGAAGAGAAAGGUGCUAGAGAAGUAUGGCGAUAUCUACGGUAGAGAAAGAAUCGCUGAGCUGCUCGGCAUGGAUCUAGCAUCCCUUGAUGUCAGUGCUAUGACACACGAGAAGAAGCCUCGGAUUGAUCCCUCAAUGUUCACAUGGUUGACAUCUAUUGACAUCAAAUACCAAAUCUGGAAAUUUGGAGUGGUGUUCACUGAUAAUACGUUCCUGUAUCUGGUUUGGUAUCUGGUCAUGUCACUGCUUGGCCACUACAACAACUUUUUCUUCGCCUGUCAUCUGCUGGACAUCGCUAUGGGUGUCAAAACCCUGCGCACCAUCCUGUCCUCUGUAACUCACAAUGGCAAACAGCUGCUGAUGACGGUGGGUCUGCUGGCUGUGGUGGUCUACCUCUACACCGUGGUGGCCUUCAAUUUCUUCCGAAAGUUCUACAACAUGAGUGAGGAUGAAGACGAACCGGAUAUGAAGUGUAACGACAUGAUGACUUGUUAUCUGUUCCACAUGUACGUGGGUGUGCGAGCUGGUGGUGGUAUAGGAGACGAGAUCGAGGAUCCAGCCGGAGACGAGUAUGAACUUUAUCGUGUGGUCUUUGACAUCACCUUCUUCUUUUUUGUCAUUGUCAUCCUGCUGGCCAUCAUUCAAGGUCUGAUCAUUGAUGCCUUCGGUGAGCUGAGAGAUCAGCAGGAGCAGGUCCGAGAGGACAUGGAGACUAAGUGUUUCAUUUGUGGAAUUGGAAGCGACUACUUUGACUCGACUCCGCAUGGCUUCGAGACGCAUACGAUGGAGGAGCACAAUUUAGCCAACUACAUGUUCUUCCUGAUGUAUUUAAUCAAUAAAGAUGAAACGGAGCACACAGGACAGGAGUCCUAUGUAUGGAAAAUGUACCAGGAGCGAUGCUGGGACUUCUUCCCAGCUGGUGACUGUUUCAGGAAGCAAUAUGAAGAUCAACUUGGCUAAUUCUACAGCCUUGAAAGUGUGUGUUUGUGUACAAUUUUAUUUCAGGAAUGAGGGUCAAAGAGGAAAUUGUGAAAAAUAGGAAGGGAACAAGAGAUAAAUGACCGACUGUAGCCUUGAUUUGACUCUCACAACCCUCAUCUUCAGCCAACACAUCACACAGACCACACAAAUCCACUCAUAAUACUAAAAACCUUUGAUUUCCCUGUUUGACUAAACAAGAGAGAAAAAGAGCUAAGACUGAGCAUCAAAAGAAUGUUUUUUAAACUGUAUAUACACACUACAUGGCCUUUACCUAUCCACUAAGGACUUUUUAAAUCACAUCAAACCAAAAUGAACAAACACCCCUAAACAAAGCCUUCUUUUCCUCUCUGUUUUGUCUGUCACUAUCAAUCUAAAAAAUCUCAGUGCCUAAUGUUAAAUCUUAACAGUACAGUGAGGAUUUAAGUGUGAUUUUAUUGAUAGUCUGUAGCGAUAUUUUUAUGUGUAGAGUAGCUGUCUAGAUCUUUUCAUUUUAGCAUAUAUAAAUAAAGCUUUAUUUAUGCUUAUUUAUUCACGUAUACCACAGAAAUAUAGCCAUAUGAGUGGUAGCAUCCUGCUCUGUGACUAUAUAGAGCAUUUUGACAAAUAUCAAGCCAGGCUUUUUCCCUGGCGCAUCGAGCGAAUGUGAGAAUGCAUGCAACCGAAAUAUCUUAAUACCAUUUUAUUCUCGAGAGGAAAGUAUUACAACCCCGAUAUUUCUCUCCUGCCUCUGUUUCAAGUUUCAGAGAAUUACGAAUGGUCUCUUGAGAAGUUUUAACUUUGUAAAAAUGUGAAACCACCUGUUUUGCACUCUAGAGUCUUAUAAUGGGACGCUGUAUCCAUGCCAAGCACACACUUCCAUGGAGUCCUGCUACACACUGCUGUAUUAUUAAUAUAGAGAGGUGGAGAGAGUUUGUGGGUCAUUCGUUUUAUUCAAAACAUCCUCUCUAGAUUUACAAGACCAUGUCCUUUUACUCUGAUUAUGGGAAAGAAGUACUAUCAUGACUAUAUGCACAGUAUUAUUUAUGUUGCUAUACUGUCAUUUAAGACCUUGACGUGAACUAUGCUGUGCCAUUCAGAUAGCAAGGCUCUAACUUCAUUUAUCCACUUAAAUACAUAGAUGAUAUAUUUUUGUUGGAGAUCUAAAUAAUUAAGAUACUCUGAACUCAUUGUGUCACGUGAGUAUUUAUUAUGUACCUUUUUUGGGGGGGAAUAUAGGUCAGAAUUUAGUAGAAAAGUGGAAAAGGAAUGUGAGCUAGAUUAAGUUAACAUAGAGGUAACAAAGACGAUGUGUUUUUGCCUGUUAGAUUUGUAUUCUUCUUUUGGGUGAAAUCUCAUACUUUAUUUUUGUCGAAUAUAGGUGAAGUAUGUAGUCGUAGGUCUCUGAUAUGACUGAAACAAACUCACAUGUGCUUGUUCCACCUUGUGCGUUCUGCUGAUAUGUAAUGACAGCACAUUAAGAGCGUGUGUUGAGGUCUUUUGGUGUGUUUUGCUCUGAGAGCUCACAGAGGGAAGAAAUCAACUGUCUUCUCUGGAUCUGACUGUAUCAGGCUGAAUCCUGUGUUUCAAUGCACAUUAAACAGAUUCCAAUAUUUUAA